CCGGUCUUCCGGAACUUAGACCUAACUUAUUAAAUUUUUCUUAAAUGAAUAAAACGGCGUAGUUUUUUGGUAGAGAUACGAAAGUGUUUGAACUCACUAUCAACAAUGGUCUGUUGAGCUUCAGGCACAUUACCAAUCCCUAUCUCCCCUUCCUCCUCGAUUCCUCUUCACCCUCUCCCCCUGUUUGUUCUUCCAUCCCACGUCCUUUGUUCUGUGAUAAUAAAACCCGCAACUCAGCGAGCCCGUUCCUCCCACUCGAGUCGUCGACGCUGCUUGCAGAGAAUGUUUUUGUCUUGUUGUAUGAGGAGGGUAUGGGUAGAUAGAUGAUUUUGGUUGCUCAAGCACGCCAGCGUGACGGUGGAGCUAUAAUGGGUUUGAAAGACGCGAAGGAGAGGAGUCCAAGGUCAUAAAAGUAGGGGUUUGGAGCAUUCUUGUGGUCUAACAAUACUAAUAUAGGAGUUUUUCUACAGAGACAUAAAUACAUUUUGGUUUUGGGGCAGCUGAAGAACACAAGAAUGGCAUCAACAGGGCAAUCACAGUCACUAAAAAGAAGGGAUGCACCAAUAACAAGAGAAGGAGGGGAUCAGCUAACUCUAACCCCUUUAGGUGCUGGAAAUGAAGUGGGUCGAUCCUGUGUUUACAUGUCAUUUAAAGGCAAGACUGUAUUGUUUGAUUGUGGAAUUCAUCCGGCUUAUUCGGGUAUGGCUGCUUUACCUUACUUCGAUGAGAUUGACCCUUCCACUAUUGAUGUGCUUCUCGUUACACACUUUCACUUGGAUCAUGCUGCAUCCCUACCUUAUUUUCUUGAGAAGACCACAUUCAGAGGUCGUGUUUUCAUGACUCAUGCGACAAAGGCUAUCUUCAAGUUGCUUUUGACUGAUUAUGUAAAAGUGAGCAAAGUUUCAGUGGAAGAUAUGUUGUUUGAUGAGAAAGACAUAAACCGCUCAAUGGAUAAAAUCGAGGUUAUUGACUUCCAUCAGACUCUGGAUGUUAAUGGCAUUAAAUUUUGGUGCUACACUGCUGGUCAUGUCCUUGGCGCUGCCAUGUUCAUGGUAGAUAUCGCUGGUGUUCGAGUGCUGUAUACUGGAGACUAUUCACGUGAAGAAGAUCGGCAUCUUCGUGCUGCUGAGAUGCCACAAUUCUCUCCAGACAUAUGCAUAAUUGAAUCUACCUAUGGUGUCCAACUCCAUCAACCUCGACACCUUCGGGAGAAGCGCUUCACUGAUGUUAUCCAUUCCACCAUCUCUCGAGGUGGUCGUGUUCUAAUUCCAGCAUUUGCUCUUGGCCGAGCUCAAGAACUCCUUUUGAUCCUUGAUGAGUAUUGGGCAAACCAUCCUGAGCUUCAUAACAUUCCCAUAUAUUAUGCUUCUCCCCUUGCAAAAAAGUGUAUGACUGUUUACCAGACAUACAUCCUUUCUAUGAAUGAAAGGAUCCGCAAUCAGUUUGCGAAUUCAAACCCCUUCAAAUUCAAGCAUAUAUCACCGUUGAAUAGCAUUGAAGAUUUUACUGAUGUAGGGCCAUCUGUGGUUAUGGCAAGUCCUUGUGGACUUCAGAGUGGUUUGUCAAGGCAAUUGUUUGAUAUGUGGUGCUCUGAUAAGAAAAAUGCUUGUGUUAUACCUGGAUAUGUUGUUGAAGGGACCCUAGCUAAGACAAUCAUUAAUGAACCAAAGGAGGUACAGCUCAUGAAUGGAGUGACUGCACCACUCAACAUGCAGGUCCAUUACAUCUCAUUCUCUGCCCAUGCAGAUUAUGCUCAGACAAGUACCUUUUUGAAAGAGCUCAUGCCUCCUAACAUUAUUCUAGUUCAUGGAGAAGCCAAUGAAAUGGGAAGGCUCAAACAGAAACUUAUCACAGAGUUUACUGACGGCAACACCAAGAUAAUCACCCCAAAGAAUUGCCAGUCUGUUGAGAUGUAUUUCAACUCUGAAAAGAUGGCAAAAACCAUUGGAAAGCUGGCUGAAAGGACCCCGGAUGUUGAUGAAACUGUCAGUGGGAUGCUGGUGAAGAAGGGCUUCACUUAUCAAAUCAUGGCACCUGGAGAUCUCCAUGUCUUCUCACAAUUAUCAACGGGAAAUAUUAAUCAGAGGAUUACCAUUCCUUUUUCUGGUGCAUUUGGUGUGAUAAAGCACAGGCUUGAGCAGAUUUAUGAGAGUGUGGAGUCUGGAAGUGACGAGGAGUCUGGGUCUCCAACACUGCAGGUGCAUGAGCUGGUAACAGUGAAACAAGAGUCUGACAGACAUAUUUCACUUCAUUGGACUGCUGACCCCAUAAGUGAUAUGGUGUCUGAUUCAAUUGUAGCUUUGGUUUUGAACAUCAGCCGGGAGGUUCCUAAGGUAAUAGUUGAGUCAGAGGACAUAAAAUCUGAGGAAGAAAAUGAGAAAAAAGCAGAGAAAGUGAUUUAUGCCCUCCUUGUUUCACUCUUUGGAGAUGUGAAACUUGGAGAGAACGGGAAGCUGGUCAUACGUGUCGAUGGGAAUGUGGCAGAGCUUGACAAACAGAGUGGGGAUGUUGAGAGCGAGAAUGAAGGUCUCAAGGAACGAGUCAGGACAGCAUUUAGGCGAAUUCAAAGUGCUGUGAGGCCAAUCCCGCUCCCGCACCCUGCAUCUUAGCGUUUCUCUUUCCUUUUCCUUCUUGUUUCAACAUGUUUCUGACCUUCGAGAAUAGAUUUUGUUUCUAUUGAGCACUAAUUUCUAAUUUAUCCAUUCCGUAGUAAUUUUAUGUUUGAAUG